UUCUCCCAUUUUCCAUCCGGCACCCUCCACAAGUUUCUUCUCCACGCCCCCCGCGAGUUAGCGGAAUUGCCACGCGACUCCUCCCGCCGCGACCGCGAUGGAGCCACCCGCACCCGGUUCACAACCACCGGUCGAGGAGGACCGCGUCGACGAACCGGACUCCUCCAAUGGGGAUGGGGCCCCGAGCGCUGCUGCGCCGCCACCUCCCCUCCACCUCGAGCAGGCCGGAGGCGGCGCCGAUGGGUCGAGCCCCGCCACGGUGGUCGACCCCCGGAAGGGCAAGGGAAUCGCCACCACUCCUUCUCCUCCGAGCUCCACGAGCAGCAGCAGCUCCUCCGAGCUCCGCGAGCAGCAGCAGCUCCUCGACAACGCCAUCGCCGCGACGCUCAGAGCCGGGCCCUUAGGCGGCAUGGAGUCGACCUCGGCGGCGGGCGGCAGGGAGUCGACCUCCACAGCGGAUGGCAGGGCGCGGGAGGCGGGAGCGACCCCUUGGUGGCGGUGGCGGUGGCGGUGGCGGAGACGAGUGAGGAGCCCAACGCGGCGGCGCGGCCGUUGGACCCCAACCUGGUUGGGCAGCGGUUGGAGUUGGACCUCAACCUGGUUGGGCAGCGGUUGAUCGAGCGGCUAGCGAAAGAGCAGGCGGCCGUCAACAGGCGAUGGGAACAGCAGUACAACUCGCUGCGCGCGGAAGAGGCGAUGUACAGGACGGAACAGGUAUGUCAUGAAUCUGGUCUUCUUUGCUUGCUCGGAAUUGCUUGCUCGGAACAGGUAUGUCAUGAGUCUGUUAAAAUGUUGGGGUUGGGGAUGAUUUACAGUGGAAACGAAAUCUCGGGCAAAUGUUGGGGACAGUUUGGCGAUUAGGCAUUUCCUGAUUAUUACUCGAGUUCUUCUUGCGGUGCGUUAUCAAAUUUAGAGGUAGGCAAGGAUCUUGUUGAGAUUAUUCGCUACUGUUCAAGAUUUAGGUGUCCAGGCUUGUGCUAAUUGAUUCUUCUAUUUGGUUUGGUAUGAUAGCAUGUUUUGCAAUUUUGCUGCAAGUGAAAAAUGUGGGGAGAUACGAGGAUCAUGUAUUGGCAGUGGUUGCUGACAUAUUUUGGCAAGAAAUCUUGAUGCCAAAAUGUAUCAAUUUCCAGUGUAGAUCAAUGGUGUUAUAGGGGAAGUUAAUCUGAAUGUUUGCUCGGGAUUACUUGGCCAGACAUGCAUCAUCUGUUGCCUGAAAGCCUGAAAGUGGCUCUGAAGCCUCAAAACUCAAUUCAUAUGAAUAAUUGGCAAGAGUAGAAAGGAUUUGGAUGACUCAACAUUUCAAUCUUGUUAGCCUUUUCACCUUUGCUAAUCCGAAAUGUGUGAUCUUGACGCUAAUUCUGUGGAGCAGGAGAAACUAUCGCAAGUAAAGGUUGUAGUAAAGGUGAAACCCAAGCAGGACGAACUAGGUAUAAACUGGAGUCAGAUCAAGAACAAGAUUUUUCGUAGAGAAGGAAGGGAAAUAUGUUCGGAACAUGUGAACCACCAGACGCAUCCCAUCACUGAAGUCAGAAGACAUCAUAGGCUUGAUUCUGACGAGGCGAACCAUCUUGAUGCAUAUUCGGAAUCUAGAUCGGUGAUUGGAGAUGGGGAGUGUUUCUACAGGAGCUUCAUAUUUUCGUACCUUGAGCAAGUUAUUGAUAGGCAGGACACAAAUGAGGAAAACCGUCUCCUUCAUGUUGUUGAAAGAAUGUCUAUGCGACAUGGAAAUCUUCAAUGGAACUCUGAGUUUUGCAGGAGCAGCAAAGCAUUUAGGAAUCUGAUCAAGAAAAUAAUGAGAUGGAAGAGACAUGGCAGAGAAUCAACUAGCAGCCGCUGUAAAGAGAAACUUCUCGAGUUCUUCAGCGAGUAUGAUACGACACUAGACAUUUUCAUUUUCCUCAGAUUAGUAGUAGCUAUCCAGAUGUGCUCGCACAGGGAGGUGUAUGAACCGCUUAUACCAGGGCUCAGAGGAAAUUACAAUCUGGAAGAUUGGUGCUUUUGGCGCGUCGCUCCAGCUCGUCGGUCUACGGAUCAUGUUAUGAUGGUGGCCUUGGCCAGAGCGCUUGAGGUCCCCCUCAGAGUGGAGCGAGUCCGAGGAGGAUAUGAUCCAGAUAUCUACACUGGUCCUGGAGUUCCCCGUCCGAGAGUGACCCUGCUGUACUCGGCAAAUCACUACGAAAUCAUCUACUCGCGUGCUCCUUCUGCUGAGAGUUCAAGUCAUCAGGCUUCCCAGAGAGAACAUGCUGCUGAUCAGGGUUCAAGUCAACAGACUACCCAGAGAAAACAUCCUGCUGAUCAGAGUUCAAGUCACCAGGCUUCCCAGAGAGGAGAUCAUGCUGAUCAGAGUUGAAGUGAAUAGAUUCCGCUUGAUUAAAGUUGAGUUGGGCUGCUGCCUAUGAAUGAGAGUGUUUCCGAGAUUAGUGGUAGGCAUAUUAUCCUCCAGAUAUCUACAUGGAGUGAUGAAGUUGGGGUAGGCAUAGCAUAUACACUUGUGCGUUCUUCUUUGAUAGGAAGAAAAACUUGUGUUGUUGUUUGAAUUGUUGGCUGGUAUACAGUGAAUCUUGUGUGAUCAGACUGAACUUCUUGUUAUAUUGCCAGCUGGUGUAUAAUAGAUCUCCCAUGCAGAAAUCCUACAUAUGAAUGAAUACAGUAAUGAAGCAGAGAUACUUGUGCA